CGCCGGAAAAUCGGCUUGAGCCAUAGACUUGAUUAUCGCCGUGACCGAUAAUUUCACUCCCUGAUUUUUUGAUCGAUUAUUAAUGAGACAGUAAUUCUUUGGACAUCCCUAUCGACCAAAACAUGUUGCAACGAUGAACUGAUGCUGAGGAAGAGCACAAACUGGUGGUGUAGUGCUAGUUUUCGCUGUUCUUAAAAUUUUGUGAAUGUUCAAACUUUUGCAUUUUCGUCAAAUAAUCUGUAAAAUGGAGACCAAAUCACCAUAUUUCUCCCCAAAGAAAACGCGCAACUUUGUCAAACAGCAGCACGUUAGUCUCAAAGCCAGCCUACUGCGGAAAACCUCAACGGCCAAUGGCGAAAAAAGCGGGUUGAGUUCCUCUACCGCCGUUCCCAUCAAAUCAACUGUUCCGGAAAUCAAAAUUGAACAACUGGCACCGACAACAUCGAACCGUAAACCUCGCCAAAGUAGGAAGCAAAUCAAAGUUGAAUCAAGUCCGGAUCGAGCGGGACCUUCCCCAACAUGCUUCCCCGGAGAACGAACCCCAACCAAGCGUGAUCUGGCUUCCCUUGUGGCGCAAUCCCCAAGCAAACAAAGCGCUAGAAUCAAAAUCGAAGAUAAAUCUCCGUUGGAAGCGGAAGCUUCUGUAAAACAAGCAAAAUGGGAACCGGACAAUUGGCGCCAAAUAUUGGACAACAUUCGCCAAAUGCGACAGAUGAUGCCAGCCCCAGUCGAUACCAUGGGCUGUGAUCAGUUCAAAGAUGACCAAACCGUCCCCGCCAAAAUAAGAAGAUACCACACUUUGGUCUCUCUGAUGCUGUCCAGUCAAACCAAAGAUCAGGUUAACUUUGAGUGUAUGCAAAGAUUGCGAAAGCAUGGUUUAACUCCGGAGAACGUUGUAGCAACAGAUGUGGCCGUCUUGGAGAAACUAAUCUAUCCCGUCAGCUUUUACAAGAACAAAGCCAAGUUCAUCAAGCAAUCAUCGCAAAUCCUACUGGACAGCUACGACGGUGAUAUUCCGGACACCAUCGACGGAUUAUUAAAAUUACCGGGCGUGGGCAAAAAGAUGGCGCACUUAUGCAUGCGAUCAGCAUGGAACGUUGUCACCGGCAUCGGUGUGGAUACCCACGUCCACCGCAUCUGCAACUGGCUCCAGUGGGUGCCGAAACAAACCAAAACUCCAGAGGACACGCGAGUAGCCCUGGAGAAGUGGUUACCUUUCGAACUGUGGGAGGAAGUGAACCAGCUGUUGGUAGGAUUCGGCCAAACCAUUUGUCCGGCCACUAAUCCGUAUUGCAACGAGUGUCUAAAUGCGACCAUUUGUCCAGCAAAGGGAAAGCACGGCAUAAGGAAGACACCUAUCAAGAGAGAGAUCAAGGUGGAGGAGUUGGAGUUCUAAUCGGUGGUGGUAAGUUUGAAGUUUAUUUUUGAUAUUAUUUUUGCAAUGCAUUUAUUACCUAUUAGUACAAAUUAAGAUGUUUAAGUGCUCAUUUGAUUCUGAAA